UAGUAUCCGAACACACCGACUUAUAAAUAUCCAUUUCAAUCCAAAUUAUUUGAAUAUUUUCUGAAAUUAUUACAUAAUACAAAAAGUCAACAGUUUUAUCAUUCAUUAUCAAAAUCGAAGCACCAUUCAACUCGACCAGUACACGGUGUGGCCUUCCGAGUAAACAGUGUCCUCAUUGCUGAUUAGGACAUGGAAGAAGGUGCAGUAGAAAUGUGACGGUUCGUAUGUGGUCGUUACAGAAACAUUCAGAACUGAUAAAGUAAUAUGUGAAGUGGUAUUAUGAAUUUUGGAUAUCAUACAAAUGGACAUAGGAGUAUUGAUGAUAUGGCUGCUGCCAGCGAUGGUGUAUGCUAGAGUGAUGAGAGAAGAUGCCUUCGAUCCUGAAGGUGUAUGCCGGGUUUACUCCCAGAAUGGACUGCUGCACUUUGAUUGUUCAGACAGAGGGCUAAGUGAAUUGCCAGAUCAACUCAACUACAAGGCACAGGCACUUAUUCUGGCCAACAACAACUUUGUUUCGUUUCCGAAGCAAAUAGAAAAAUUUACAGAAUUAGAAAUAUUAGAUUUAUCUGGAAACAGAUUAUCACAAGCCCCACCAAGCUACUUAGAAGACAUCAGCUCACUGAAAGUUCUAAAUCUAUCAAACAACAAUUAUGAUUCAUGGCUUUAUAACGACGCUAAGUUCAAUUUCAAGAAACUGGACCUUUCCAAAAACAAGAUCAAUAAAAUCGAAGAUGACGCCUUCGCAAACGUAAUGAAACUUUCCUUUCUGGACCUAUCGGAAAAUAGACUUUACGAUAUACAACCUGGGAUAUUUUCCCAGGCAAGCAGUUUGAACACGUUAAUCUUAUCCCGAAACUAUUUCUCCAAAGUCCCGAAAUUCGAAUCACAAUCAUUACGAAACUUACAUUUAAGCAACUGCCAAAUAAUGACGUUGGAACAGGAUUCUUUAGCUGCACUGAAUUCACUGUUAGUUAUUGAUUUAUCUAUGAAUCAAUUAGAAAGAAUUCCUGACAGUCUCGCGUCAGCGACAUUGCAAGAGCUAGACUUCAGUUACAAUGAGAUUUUUGAACUGACAGAUCUGACUUUCUCAUCAUUACCGCACCUCGCGGUUUUAGAUUUGAGAGGGAACGAAUUCAAAUAUGUUUGGUCGACGUCUUACUUCUCCUCGAAUCCAUUUUUGAGGGAAGUCCGCUUAAAGGGUAAUCGAUGGUGCUGUGAAGGGUUCAGUGUAAACCUCCUGCUUACGUACGAAUUUUUGACGAAAGAGCCAUCAAAGAUACAAGACAGACAAGCACUUAUUUGCUAUACUCCAUCUAAUGUGACCCAACUAAGCUGGCAACAAGCUUAUAUCAAGACAUGGCAUGCUGAUAUAACUGCUGUAUCGUCCUAUACAACAAUGGCUGUUAUGAUUGGAAUAAUUAUAGGUAUUGUGCUCACAUCUUUCGUUUGUCGAGGGAUAAUGUAUUUGAAUAAAAUCAACCCCCCACCACCCAGCGAGCAAGCAUUGAAUGGACUAGUAAACAGAUCGCAAUCUGAGCCAGUCACUAGAAUACCUUUACGAGAAGACGAGCCUCCAACCUACGACGAAGCUCUGCUAAUGCCUCGUUUGAACUCUUCUUUCCAUUCCCUUCCAGAUUUUGUAGAUGAGGAAGAGACACUGCGAAGAAAUAGAAGAAGAUCUAGAUCUAUUGGUGAUUUAAUUGAACCCAGACCUAGGCUGGGCGAUAGACGAUCUAUAAGACGUACAUUGGACUUGAGAAAUUAAAUCCCGUGUCUUAUAUUUUUAAGUUAACUUAUACUUAUAUAAGUUUACCUUCUAGUGUUAGAACUGUGAAAGUAACAUUUUUGUGAAGAAUUAGGCAUUUAAUUAAUUAUAAAAUUAUUAUAAGUUAUUAGUUACGGGUUCUUUUCUUUACUACUUGAACAACAACGGACUGUCGUAACUACUAGCUAGAUAAUACUGUAAGUGAGCAUUUUCAUUUUAUCAGACACAUGCAAACAUUUUAUAAAACAUAAUUAUAUAAAAAGAUAUUUGAGUAAUGUAUUAUACAUAUAAACGUCAUAUGCAUAUAAUGAUUUUGCUACGAUGGAUAGAAAUUAGAAAUGUAACCUAAUUUAUAAAUACAUUUAAAAUUCGUUGUGUUACGAAUUUCAUACUGUUGUUAUAUUGGUAAUCUACCGAAACAACUGAUUGAAUUGAAUUGAAUUCUAAAUAUUUUUGUACCAUGUUUAUUAUUAUUUUAUGUAAUAAUUGUUGUUUAAGUUUUAUAUUUGUCUAAUUGUUGUUUUUGUAAUUUUUUCUAAUUAUUACACAAUGAAUUCCCACUGGAAUAUAGUUUUUUGUUUUUGUAAUAAGUGACAGAAAAGCAGCUAGGUGUGUGGAAGUAUUCGUGUUUAAAUUUCAGCUUUGGUACCAGAAAGUCAAAAGACUUUCUGGUAAGUAAAAUAAAAAAUAAAGUAAAUAAAAUACAUAUUAAUAUUA